UUCUUUGUUUAUUGAACAGAUAUUUCGUAUGACCGUUCGCGCGAUCAGAAAAUUUGAACUUCUUCAUAAAAGUGCGAGUGCCUCUUUGUGGUUGCGUUAGGAAUGCAGUCGAGCAAAACGAAGAAGACGUCCUGGUGUUAGAAGUCAGCAAAAGAACAAUCGGAAUGAGGAAGCCCCGCAUGUUGAGCUAGCCGUCCCAUAUCAGAAAAAUCGCUUAUCUCCUUAUUGUUGUUCGAUUCUCAUGUCGCUCCAUCCGUUUGAGAAAAUCGCUUAUCAUUUCUGAGCUCGGUGCUCCCGUUGGUCGGCAUCUCUUCGAAUAGUUGCAAGUAAUCCUCCUGAAUUUCAACUAACACCGGCGGCCAUACCAGCUGUCACUCAUGUCACUUGCUUAACUAAGCCUGUCAUUGAUGGCCAGUCAAGCUCCGCCAUGAGUGUGCGAAUAUGAGUAAUGAAGUAAAGAGUUUGCCGCCCUGACCCCAACUCUUUCCCAAUUAUUUCGCCGAUAAUUGAUCUGGAAGUGGUUAGGCGCUCGUCUACAGCUCCACGCCGAACGUGCCUGGACAAGGACAACUUAGUCGCAAUUCCAUUUUUGACCAAGUUGGAAGUGCAGUGCAAGAUGAAUCUAUCGGCUCAGUUUAGUGACUAUUGGACAAACUCCUUCUACCAAAACUACAAAACCAACCCGUUCUUGGCCAGUGACUGUGACAAAAACCAAAACACCGAACAGAACUAUACCCACAAUAAUGAAAUGUACCACCGUGUCAAGGAAGAACCGAUCUACGAAAGCUGCAGGUUUUCCAUUAAUCAACCAUAUUUAAACCAUUUUGAUAAUUCCGUCACGCCGAUGGUAAAUCACGACUUCACCCAACAUCUGAGUCAGUACGACACCUGUCAGCAAGGUAUUUAUCCCGAAAAUAAAACCCUAAUUAAUGAAACAAGCCUCCAACUCGAUGAAAAUAAAUUAGACAAGAAAAACGAUGAUUCACCCGCUUUACGUGCCCUGUUAACGCGACCACAAGCCAAGAAAACUCCCCCCAAUCAAUACGAAAACUUCCAGCAAUACGACAACAACAAUUUCAGUGCUGAGGAAAAUAGUGUUAGUGAACCCCCCGCAAAUUUCUACCCUUGGAUGAAAGCUCACGGUGACUCCUCAGCCACUGGAAACAAACGGACGCGGCAGACCUACACCCGUUACCAAACCCUCGAGCUCGAGAAAGAGUUUCAUUUCAACAAAUAUCUGACAAGACGCCGCCGAAUCGAAAUCGCCGAAUCUUUGCGUCUGACUGAGCGCCAAAUCAAAAUUUGGUUCCAAAAUCGGCGAAUGAAAGCGAAAAAGGACACAAAGUUCACCGAGCAGAGUGUAACGUCCACUUUUGACUUUCUCUCUCUUCACCCAGCGGAGACUUCAAUGAACGAUGCGAACAGGAACGACUGUGCCAAACCCUUGACCCAAAUUAGGAAUAUUCCGGGGCCCCCGGAAACGCCUUAGAUUCGCCUACGUGACACGAACCGGAGCAAAUAUCAAAAAAUUGAUUGUAAAUACGUGGAUUAGUUUAUUUUGCGUGAAAGUCACUAAUUGUAGUUAAUUUGUGUAUAGAGAGUUUGAAUAAAAGGAUAAGUCGUCGGCUAACCCUUUAUGGCUCCCUUGAGACACCCACCCUUUCAAUAUUAUGACAGGCGAUAUUCGCCGAUUCCAGCAUUUCGUUUCAUCCCUCCGAAGAGAGAAAGUUGGGGUUCGGGCUUGCAGCUGCAUUUCAGGUAAGCAUGCGCAUCUGUAGCAUCAAACAUGGCUGAUCUAAUAAGAUAACCGAAAGCGGUGUGUUGAUAAAUUUGCUUUGUUUUUAGUGCUGGAUGGCUAAAUAGAUACGUUUGCGAGCUGAAAGUGGCCCUUCAUGAUAAGAAGCAGAUUCGUGAUGGACUGAUAAUGGUCGAUCUUUCAAUGGGGGAGAGGUAGCUUAAUCAUCGUUAUUGAACUAUCUUAAUGGUUUGUAUUGUCCACCGUUCGAUAUAUCAUGUGUGAGCCGUAAUGGAAUAUUUAUCUUCCUUUUGGUUUUCCGCUUUAUGGUUCCGCCUCAAACAAACAUCAAUACACCCCAAAUUGUUUCGCAACUAGUUAGCCGAGAAAUUGUAAAUUAUUUUUGAAUAAAUUUUCACCCACUA